AUGGCUGCAACAAGCAACAGAGGUGAAGGCUCUAGCUCCAUUGCAACAGCAUUUGCGUCCCUUUCAGCUGCAGAUUCCACCCUACCCCCAAGAUUUGUAGAUCUCAAGCGCAAUCUAAUCAAAGGCCACGAAGAAGCCGUUUUGGCGGGAUGGAACCGGCUUCUACAGCGACGAUUGGCCUCUGAUAGACUCGACAAAAUCGAUUCGUCCGCCAUCCCAGAGGUUGAGUUUGCAACUAUCCUCCAGAAUGGCGGACGGCUUCCAAAGGACGUUGAACAGGAACUUCGAAAGUGCGGCACGAUUAUUGUGAGAGGCUUGGUGGAUGAGAACCAGGCUUUGGCCUGGAAACAACAGAUCCGGGAUUAUGUCCAAGCUAACCCGCAGACAAAAGGGUUCCCGGCCGGCAAUCUCCAGGUUUAUGAGCUGUAUUGGUCCAAAGCGCAGCUGGAGGCCAGAUCGCAUGCAAACAUGCUUUUGACUCAGAUUGCACUGAAUCGUGUGUGGGCAGCAAAGCCUCAAGAUCCAGUUGAUCUUGAGGUUCCGCUCACGUAUUGCGACCGACUGCGUAUGAGAACGCCCGGCGACAAAUCGUUCAACCUUGGGCCACAUCUUGACGGUGGCUCGCUCGAGCGCUGGGAAGACACCGAGUACGUCAAAUGUUAUUCCAACAUCCUCCGUGGCGAUUGGGAAAACCACGACCCCUUUGACGUGACCCAUCGUCUGAAAGCAAUUGUCGACAUGUACAAAGGCCCGGGUGGAUGCUCCGUGUUCCGCUCAUACCAGGGGUGGCUUUCCCUCUCCGACUGUGUCGCUGGCUCUGGCACGCUCCGUGUAAUGCCAGACUUGACUGCAUCCACAGCUUACACGGUCCUCCGUCCUUUUGUCAAACCGGAUACCAAUGGAACUGAUUGGACCAUCGAUCUGGACAGCCCAACUUUCCAUGGAGCAGCAAUGGGCAAGGGCCAGGAACUCACUGCAACAGACCACCCUCAUCUCAACCCUCACGGUUUCGUAUCAAUCCCACGCGUGCGCCCUGGCGAUGCAGUGUUUUGGCACUGCGAUGUUGCGCACAUGGUCGAAGCAGAGCAUCGUGGAAACAGCGAUUCCAGCGUCCUGUACAUCCCUUCGGUGCCAUUGUGUGAAGUGAAUAGCAAGUAUGUGAAGAACCAAAGGGAUAUCUUUCUGCAGGGCCUUCCCCCGCUUGACUUCCCUGGUGGCGUGGGCGAGAGUCAACAUGUACAGAGAGGUGGGAGUGAGGACAUUUCCCCAGGAGCAGGCAGAAGAGCCAUGGGGCUGGAGCGGUUUGAGCCGGGGUCUCAGGCAACAGUAGGACAGGGAGAAGCAGUUCAGACUGCAAAUGCAAUUCUUGGGUUUGAGUGA